UAAGCGCUCCGCCGCCGCCCUGCUCGCUUCGCUCCUCUCCGCCGCAAUGAGCUACAGCGUGGAACCGCCGGCGCUGGCCGCCUCCUCCCGCCGCCUGCUCGCCCAGGCCUCGCGGCGCACCGAGGGCGUUGAGCCGCGCCGUGCCAGCGAGAAGGAGCAGCUGCGGGGCCUCAACGAGCGCUUCGCCGGUUACAUCGAGCGUGUGCGGGCGCUGGAAGAGCGCAACCGGGCGCUGGCCGGCGAGCUGGCGGAGCUAAGGCGGCUGCCGCCCGAGCCGCGCCGUCUGGGGCAGCUGCUGGGAGGGGAGCUGCGGGCCCUGCGCGCCCGUCUGGAGGAGGCUCACGGCGAGCGGGCGCAGGCCGCGCUGGAGCGGGCGCGGCUGGCCGAGGAGACGCAGCGGCUGCGGGCGCGCUGCGAGGAGGAGGCGCGGGGCCGCGCCGAGGCUGAGCAGGCGUUGCGCGCCCGGCAGCAGGCGGCCGACGGGGCGGCCCGAGACCGCGCCGACCUGGAGCGGCGGGCGGAGGCGCUGCGGGAGGAGCUGGCGGAGCUGCGGCGCGCCCACGCCGAGCAGCUGGCCCAGCUGGGAGCCGCGCUCCGCGCCUCCGCUCCCCCGGCCUCCGGGCCUCCGACGGCGCGGCCCGACCUGGCGGCCGCGCUGCGGGAACUGCGCGCUCAGUACGAGGCGCUGCCGGCCCGCAACCUGCAGGCGGCCGAGGACUGGUACCGCGCCCGCUGCGCCAGCCUCCACGAGCGGGCGGCCCGCAGCCAGGAGGCCGUCCGGGCCAGCCGCCGCGAGGCGGGCGAGUGCCGCCGGCAGCUGCAGGCCCGGGUGGUGGAGAUGGAGAGCCUGCGCGGAGCCCACGAGUCCCUCGAGCGGCAGCUGCAGGAGCUGGAGGAAAGGCACAGCGCCGAGGCCGCCGGGCUGCAGGACACCAUUGGGCAGCUGGAGGCUGACCUGCGCAACACUAAAACCGAGAUGGCUCGGCACCUGAGGGAGUACCAGGACCUGCUGAAUGUCAAGAUGGCCCUGGAUAUCGAGAUCGCUGCCUACAGGAAGCUGCUGGAGGGAGAGGAAAACCUGUUCAGCAUGGGGAGUGUUGGCCUUCCAGCCAUGAACCCCCUCCCCAACCCCACCUACUCUUUCCAGCCACGCUCCUCCACUCCAUCCUUCAAGAAAGAGGAGCAAAGAGAGGCGAUUAGAGCGACCUCCAAGAUACCAUCCGGUCAGGCUGGGAUGCUUGACGGGACCAUAACCACUGCCAAGAAAACGGAGAGAUUCAAUGUGCAUGGAGGAAUCAUUGCAAAUGCUAAAGUGUAAUGGUGGGGAUCCCAUCCCUUUUGCACUUGGGGGGGAGCAGUCUUCAGUUGGCCCUUUAAUUGCCUCUUGGGCACUGGGUUGUGCUCAGCAGCUCUGGUUACAAGGUCCCUUGUAGGGUCAGGGCUCAGCAGCCUCUGGCAAAGCAAGGGCCAAGCUCAGCACACUGCUCCCUCUCAAGUCAGGUGGCGGCCACAUGGGUCGCUGGGUGCAUGCUGGUGGGUGUUGUGGAUGCACGGGGAUUUGUGGCAGCGAGGAAGGGACUCACUGCAAUUUGGGGAGGGGGUGGCGAGGGCAAUGGAACUCAACUACAACUAGGGUUAAGGCUACAGCCCUUCACCUACUGUCCAAAUCCACGUGUAGCUAAAGCGUUUCCUCUUCUUCAAGUGUAGCCAUCCACUUUUAACUCAGAAGCACAGAAAUAGCCAUAAACACACCUUGCUUCUGGUCUGUGAGCCACUUAUAUUUUAAACUGUAAGGAAUGUCUUUUUUUUUUUUUGUUCUGACAACUCUUUCUGUUUCUCAGUAGCGUUAGUCCGGCCACAUGCAUGGGGUUUGUUGGUUGGGAACCAACACCCAGUGCCCAUUUCCACGUACAGCAGGGAGGGCUGGGUGCUGCCAAAUGCCACAUCCACACUUGAGCUCCAGCCUUCCAACAUGUGCCAAAUCUGAUGUAGGAUUUACAACUGUAGGUUUCUUUCAAUGCCUUAAAAUUGCCAGCUUCUGCAAGAG